GCGUCGACCAAAACAUUCGCCCAAUUCGCAUCCUUCUACCUCUAACCCUCCUUCCUCUGUGCUAGUCAGUCACUUCUCCUCUCCCUUCCACCUUUCCCCCUUCAUCCCCCCCAUCCUUUCCGUCCCCUAUUUCCACCUCCACUCCAUCUUCCGUUUUCCUCUCCUCCUACUAUUCCCCCCAUCCUUCUCUCAACUUUCAUCCCAUCCUGACAGGUUGAAGUUCUCCACCAGUCAAUAUAUAAAACAUGUCUGUUGUUUCACUGCUUAACGUUAAUGUCCUCAACAACCCUGCUCGCUUCGCCGACAAGUAUCAGUUUGAGAUUACCUUUGAAUGUCUCGAACCUUUGACUAAAGAUCUUGAGUGGAAGCUUACCUAUGUCGGUUCCGCUAACUCCACUGAGCACGAUCAGGAGCUCGACUCCCUCCUUGUCGGCCCCAUCCCCGUUGGUGUCAACAAGUUCGUUUUCGAGGCCGAACCCCCUGCACUUGCCAAACUUCCCUCAUCCGAGAUCUUGGGAGUUACCGUCGUUCUCCUCACAUGCUCUUAUGAUGGCCGCGAAUUCGUUCGUGUUGGUUACUACGUGAGCAACGAAUACGAUUCCGAGGAACUCAACAACGAACCCCCUAAACAGGUUCAGACCGAUAGAAUUGUGAGGAACGUUCUCGCCGAGAAGCCCCGUGUCACCAGAUUUGCCAUCAAGUGGGACUCUGAGGAAUCCGCCCCUUCCGAAUUCCCCCCCGAUCAGCCUGAGGCCGAUGAGGCUGAGGAUGAUGCCGACAAUUACGGAGCCGAAGAGGAGGAAGGGCUCGAGGGCGAAGAAGAAGCUGGGGCCGCUCCUGCCGAUGAAGACGUUGAGAUGGGCGGAGCAGAUGACACCGCGGGCCCUGCCGCUAGCAAGGAAACCGAUGAAGUCUCUGAUGACGGUUCCGAGGACUUGGAGGCUGAGAGCAGUGGUGAAGACGACGAGGAGGAAGAAGAAGGUGAGGGCGAGGCGGAAGAAGACGAUGCCAUGGUCGAUGAUUCUGCUGCAGGCAAGUCUGCUGAAGCCAGCUCCUCCGCUCAGCCAACCACUGCUCAACCAGUUGUUCCCAAAUAACCAACCACCUAUUCUGUACGAAACGCCUCGGAUAAGAGGGUUCCUAUCACCAAAGUAUUUACUUGUACGGCUGGAAUGUUGUCAUGGGUUAUGGUUCAAUCUUCUAUUAUAAAGUAGGGUCUCUUUGUUUAAAAUCAGGUGUUGGAAUGUUUCUUUGUAUGGGGCUGUCAACGAUGGCUGUGAUACAUAGAUGUUUUUCCUAAUGGCAGGCUUGAAUUAUACUCAGCAUGAUUAACCUUGAGGGGUUUUUUUUUCUUGCUUCGACUAA